GAAAACAUCAGCAGCUGAUUCAGAGACGGCCACGGCAGCAGGGUUAAACCCCCUGGAUGCUGCUGGCUUCCUUUCCUUCAGCACCAUGUCCUGGAUGACGCCGGUCAUGUGGUCCAUGUUCAGAAAGCAGCUGGACCCGAGCACGCUCAGUGGGUCUCCUCUAGAGGGAGCUGACGUCAACGGAGACAGGCUCCAGCAGCUGUGGGAACAGGAAGUGUGUGCGGUCGGUCUCCAGAAAGCGUCUCUGAUUCGAGUGCUGCUCCGUUUCCAGGGAAACCGGCUCCUGCUGGUAGUCGCCGUCGCCGUCGUCUUCAUUGUGGCGCUGUUCUGCAGCUCAGGAAUCCUGGUCAACGAGAUCCUCCUCUACAUCCUCAAACCGGAGUCCUUCUCAGUGUGGGGGGGCCUGGGUCUAUGUUUGGGUCUGGCCUUCAUGGACUUCAUCAGGAUCAGCUCUUUGGGUCUCUGCUGGGCCAUUGGCAUCCGGACCGCAAUCAGGAUGAGAACCGGUUUCUGCAUGCUGGGCUUUCGCAAGAUCAUUACUCUGAGGACACACAGCAAAGUCUCUGUGGGACAGAUGGUGAAUAUCUUGACCAGCGACAGCUACAAGUUGUUUGACGCUGUCUUUUGGUCCCCCACGUUGCUGCCCUGCCCCCUCCUGUUGAUCGCGUGUGCCGUCUACUCCUGCCACAUCCUCGACUACACAGCUCUCAUUGGCUUCUUUAUCUUCAUCGUCUUCAUCGUCCUCCAGUUGGUGUCUGCCAGGCUCAUUAACCGGUUCCAGACCUUGGCUGGGGAGAUCACAGACAGCCGAGUCCGCUCCAUCAACGAGAUCCUCAGCUGCAUCAAACUCAUCAAGAUGUACGUGUGGGAGGAGUCGCUCAGCAGGAGAGUCACAGACACCUGGCUGGGCUUACCUCUCAGCACCAGCACCGCGUUUCCCUUUGUCACCCUGCUGAACAGCGUGAGGUACAUCCUGUCGGUGCUGCCGUCCUGCGUCGGGUUCCUCGCUGAAGCUGCUGUGUCCGUGGAGCGCCUCAAGAGGUUACUUCUGACGGAGAACACAGAGCCCUACAUCAUCCACAACACCGGCAGCCCUUCGGCGGUUGUUGUCAUGGAGAACGCCACGCUGUCCUGGACCAAGCCAACCCCCCACCUGGUCACGGAGGACAGGGACAACCUGGUGUCCCAAGACAGAGCUGCUGAGGGGACACCCGUCCUCAGGAACGUGUCCUUCACCCUGCACAAGGGCAAACUGCUUGCUGUGUGUGGGGCUGUUGGCAAUGGGAAGACUUCAUUGAUCUGCAGUCUGUUAGAACAGCUGAACCUGCAGCAGGGAUCGGUGUCGGUGCAGGGAUCAAUUGCUUAUGCGGCUCAGCAGGCCUGGAUCUUCUAUGGGACGGUGCAGGACAACAUCCUGAUGGGGGAACCUCUGGACCACUCCAGGUACAAGAGAGUCCUGAGCUGCUGCUGCCUGGAGGAAGACCUCAACAUCCUGCCUCAUGGUGAUCAGACGCUGUUAGGAGAGGAAGGGGUGAACCUGUCGGGGGGGCAGAAACAGAGAGUGAGUCUGGCCCGAGCCAUCUACUCCGACAGGGACCUCUUCCUGCUGGACGACCCGCUGUCGGCCGUCGAUGCGCACGUUGGAAAACACAUCUUCGAAAAAUGCAUCAAGGGAGAGCUGCAGGGCAAGUCCAUCAUACUGGUUACCCACCAGUUACAGUGUUUCCUCUCAGCCUUCAACAUGUCGGACGAGACAACAGACGCCUUCAAACCGUCUGAGCAGAAGAACGAAGCAACGUUAAUCACCUGGAGAACCCUCCAGCAGUACUGUCACGCAGCUGGAGGACUGUGUGUGAGCGUCUUCAUGGUGCUCUGCUUCGUGGUGCUAACAGCUAACGGGACGCUAGGCUACUGGGGACUGAGCUAUGUCCUCCAGCAGGGACACGGGACUGCCAACGUGACAUCAUCAGAGCGAGACGACGUCUCUCUGAACCCCGACCUGCCCUUCUACCGCCUGGUUGCUGCGGUGAUGAUGAGCAGUCUGCUGCUCGUCUUCAUCGUCAAAUGUUUCUGUUUCGUCAGAGUGAGCCUGAACGCAGCGAGCACGCUGCAUAACAACCUGCUGAGUAACAUCUUAGCCAGACCAAUGAGCUUCUUCGACUCGACACCGACGGGUCGCAUCCUGAACUGUUUCUCGUCAUGUCAGAGCGAAGUGGACGCGGCCGUCCCCUUCCACGUCAACGUGCAACUGAUGUUCUCCCUGAUGGCCGUGUGCAGCCUGCUGGUGUCUGCAGCCACCUUCCCCUACAUGGUGUUGCCGGCGGGGGGGCUGGUCCUGCUCCUGGUCCUGGUCUUCAGGUUUGAGAUUCUUUCUGACACCAACACCACCCACCUCCUCCUCUUUAACUACGGCCUGUAUUGGAUGUCCCACGUCAUGGGUUUUCUGUGCGUUGUCAUGGCGCUGAUUGUCUCUCUGCUGGUCGUCUUUGUCUCCAACGAUGUCUGCAGCCCCCCCAUGAAGGCCCUGUCUCUGAAUUUCAUUUUACAGCUGUCUGCAAACUUUCAGUAUUUGCUCCUGUCGAUGAUCUCGGUUGAAGCGAGGUUCAUUUCCGUGGAGCGCCUGCUCGAGUACCUCACGGGCUCGGAGGAGUUGGAGGGGGGGCAGCGGGAGGUGGAGCCGGCCCCAGAGGACUGGCCUCAGACCGGAGUUAUCACCUUCCUGGACUAUAAGAUGCGCUACAGACAGAACUUACCUUUUGUCCUCAAUGGGCUGCAUCUCCACAUCAGAGCCGGGGAGAAGAUCGGCAUUGUGGGAAGGACUGGCUCCGGGAAGUCAUCCCUGGCCGUGGCCUUAUUCCGGCUGGUUGAACCGGCUGCAGGAAGCGUCCUCAUUGACGGGGUGGACAUCACGUCCAUCAGCCUGUCUCACCUGCGCAACAAGCUGUCCAUCAUCCCCCAGGACCCCAUCCUGUUCACCGGCACCAUCAGGUCCAACCUGGACCCUGUUAACAGACACAGUGAUGAGGAGAUCUGGGCAGCGCUGGAAAAGACCUACAUGAAGGACGCAAUUUGGGGUCUGGAGGGGAAGCUUCAGGCCGAGCUGGUCGACAACGGAGGAAACUUCUCUCUAGGACAGAAACAGCUGAUCAGCCUGAGCAGAGCUCUGCUACGGGACUCCAAGAUCAUCCUAUUGGACGAGGCGACAGCGUCCAUCGAUGCCGAGACCGACUCUCUGAUCCAGAUCACCAUCCGAGAGGCGUUCAGGCACAGCACGGUGCUCACCAUCGCUCACCGGAUCCACACGGUGUUGGAGGCUGACCGAAUCCUGGUCCUCAACCAAGGACAGGUUGUGGAGUUUGAUCAUCCAGAUGUGUUGAAACAGAGACCAGACUCGCUGUUUGCCUCUCUGCUAUCGGCUUCCAACACUGUGGAGUCCUGAUGACCCUGAACAAACCGCAGUAACCUCAGACGUUUCUGCAGUGUUCAGAUGUCCUUGAACGCACCGCAGUAACCUUAGAGGUUUCUGCAGCGUUCUGAUGUACCUGAACGCACCGCAGUAACCUCAGAGGUUUCUGCAGCGUUCUGAUGUACCUGAAUGCACCGCAGUAACCACAGAGGUUUCUGCAGCAUCCUGAUGUCCCUGAACGAGUAUUAUAUUUCAAUAUCUAUCUAGUUUUGCUCGAUAUACCGAUUUAGUUAAUUGUUUCAUUAUGAAUUACUAAUUGAACAUCUGUAUCAGUAGUUUGAUUUUCAGAUAUCAUGAUUUAUUUGAGUUUUAAUGUUUCAUUUCAGUAGUGUCCAUUUCCAGCGUCUGCUGCAAGUUUCCCCCCCAACAAAGAAUAUUUGUGUCAUCUGCAAAAACAGAAAAUGUUGGUACAUUUGAUAAUUCACAAAUGUCAUAUAAGUAAAGGAUAAACACUGGUGGGCCUAGACCCAACCCCUGUGGAACGCCACAGGAAAUACUCACUGUU